AGACAGAGAGACCACGUUUCCAUGCCAACAAACUGCAACAGACAAUUCAUUUGGUGGCCAAGCUAAGAUCACCCCAGAUUUGCCACUACCGAGUUUUACACUUUUACCUCCUCACUAAGUUCAUUACUCCAUUUUUAUUUAUUUAUUUGCCUCUUCACCCAUCUUCCAAAUGUGUGUAUAACUAGGUUUCUUAUCACAGAAGGUUAUGGAUGAUAGAUUCAGAAGGCUGCCUGACUGCACUAUAAACAGAUUGGAGUUGGAGAAUGGGAUCAUUUUUUCCACCCUUCAACCUGACCUUGGUACUAAUGCCCCUGCUUUGGACUCUGAUCCUGAGCUGGACUACAUCAGCCAGAUUCUACUGGAGGAGGAUAACAUUGAUUGGGACAGCAAUGAGAACAUGUUCUUUGAUCCCAUUACUCUUAGUGCUGCUGAGAAUUCUUUUUAUGAAGCCUUGACUGGUAAUACUUCCUCACCUCUUCACACUAAUUCUGGAAGCUCAGAUAUCACAUUUGAGAGGUCCAGUGAUGAUGUUGAUCACAUUGAAUCUAAAUCAGUUGUAUCUAAAUCAUCUGUUGCAUGUGAUCCUCCUGAACUCGCCACCUGGUCUUCACUAAGCCAGACUAGCAGGUUUGAUGAGCUAAAAGCUUCUUUUUGUAGCCUUGAUAGUCUUGAUUCGGUUCCCAAUAUGUUUUGUGAUGAACACCCUGACUCCAUCUUGAAAUUACCGAGAGAUGUGAGGGAAGCUGGUAAAUGCCCAUUGCCUCCAGAGGCUAGAGGUGCCAUUAUCAAUAUAGAGGACCGAUCAGCUGAUUCGUGCAGAGGAAAGAAGCAUCACCAUACAGAUGAAAGUGGGUUGGAGGAAGAAAGAAAAAGCAAGCACUCGGCAGUGCAUGAGGAGGUUGAGUUAUCAGAGGUUUUCGAUAAAGUUUUACUGUGUGGUGAUGAUAAUGACUCUUCAUCUAGAGUUGGCUUCACACAACACAAAGGGCGAGGUGGCCGCAAGAGUCAGUCAAAUAAAAGAGGAGAUAGUUGUGAAAUUGUGGAUCUGGAGUCUCUUUUAAUCAGUUGUGCAGAAUCGAUUUCGUCUGAUAAUUAUAGGGCUGCAGAAGCUGAACUAAAGAAGAUCAGGAAACACUCUUCGCCUAAUGGCUAUGCAAACCAGAGGCUGGCGAACUUAUUUGCUGACAGUCUUGAGGCACGUUUGGCCGGAACUGGCACGCAUCUGAAUGCAACUUUUUCUCCUAAUAACACCACAGUCGCCGAGUUUCAAAAAUUCUACUUGUCAUCUUUGCCAUUUAUGAGAGUUUCACUUUUCUUUGCGAAUAACAUGAUUUAUGAAGUAGCAUCAAAAUGUGCAUCACUGCACAUUAUAGAUUUUGGUAUUCUUUAUGGUGUCCAGUGGCCCACUCUUAUUCGUGAUCUUUCACAAAGACCUGGUGGCCCUCCAAAACUUCGAAUUACAGGGGUUGAGCUUCCCCAACCUGGUUUUCGUCCAUCACAAAUGGUAGAAGAGACAGGUUUUCGCUUGGCAAAAUAUUGUGAGCGUUUUGGUUUACUGUUUGAGUACAAUUCCAUAACAGCAAAGAAUUGGGAGACACUUAAAACUGAUGACUUCAAGCUUGUGAAUGAUGAGGUGGUUGCUGUUAAUUGCUCUGGCCGAUUUGAUGACCUAUUGGAUGAAACAGCUGUUGUUAGGGACAACCCUAAGGAUGCACUUUUAAACUUAAUCCGGAAAAUAAAUCCUCAUAUAUAUGUGCAUUCUCAGCGUAGUGGAGCUCUCAGCUCUCCUUUCUUUCCCACUCGGUUCCGGGAGGCUCUCUCGUACUACUCUACUGCAUUUGAUAUGUAUGAAGCUACUCUACCAAGCCAUGGUCAUGAGAGGUCGAUUAUGGAAAAAGAAAUUAUGGGACGCGAUAUAAUGAAUAUCAUUGCAUGUGAGGGCAUGGAAAGGCUUUUGAGGCCUGAAACACAUAGGCAGUGGCACUCCCGCAUUAUGAGGACUGGCUUCAGCCCUGUAACCAUUAACUCUAAAGUUAUGAAGAAGACUAAGAAGUACAUAAGGAAGGCGAGGGUAGAAUACCACAAAGACUUUCUUUAUAUGGAAGACGGCCACUGGAUCUUGCAGGGUUGGAAAGGUCAGGUUUUGACCUGCAUCUCUUGUUGGACAAAUACACAACCGAUUCAAAGCCUCUAAUUAUAUAUAUGCAGUUAGUACUGCAAAACAUUCUUUCGGCACUUUGGGAACUUUACAAACUGGCAGUAACCUUUCUCACAACAUUGCAAUUCCCAUGGAAUGGUUCGUGCGUUUUCGUGUCUUUAUUACACGACUCAAUAGUUAUUUCCAGGAAUUUAAAGCCUUUAAUUUUCGUCAAGAAAAGCUAUUCAGAGAACCUAAGUCUAGGGCGUUUUCUAGCUUUUCUUUUGUUCUUAAGAAACAUAAAAUAGAUUACAUCUAUCAAGGUGUUUGCCUAGCUUCAAUCAUACUUCUUUCAAAAAGAAUAAUGUUUGCAGUGAUAUAUUAUUGGUGAUAUGUUUAGUGAAACUACAUUGUCUUUAUGAUGGCUGAAAUCUAAGAUGAAACUUUGCUG